CGUCACGUGAAAACAAAGCUAGCCGCUCAACAACAAUGGACGCCGCGAUGACCGAGGAGACCGCGCAGUACGUGUCGUGCGUGUUGUACGCGCUCAUGAUGCUCCACAUUCGCUCCACCAUGGCGCUGGUGACCAUGGUGACCUUUCACAGCAGACAGCAGCAGAGAAUGAUCGUCGAGUGCGCCAUGAACAUGACUUCCGCCUCCAAGCAAACUUUAGCCAGCGUCCUCAGCAAGUCCUCGCGGAACUGCUGGAUGCGCGUCAGGAGCAGAGAGUGGUGGGAGAGGGUCGUGUUGAAGGAAUUCACCGACGCCCAAUGGAGGGACACUUUUAGGAUGUCGCGAACUUCCUUCCACAAGCUGUGCGGCUUGAUGGAAGGAGUCCUGAGUCCGGAGGGCAAGACCGUCCGAGCGCCGAUACCACUGCCGAUGCGCGUCGCUAUCGUCCUCUACAAGCUGGCCGGCUGCGCCAGGUACAAACUGGUCGCCAAGCAGUUCGGAGUCCACAAGUGCACCGUCAUGAAGUUUGUCUACUCCUUCUGCAAGGGCAUGACCUCCUCGGUCAUACACGGCCUCAUUACCGUGCCCACGGCGGAGGAGGCGAUACGUAUCGCGCAUCGUUUCGAGCGGAAGUUCAACAUUCCUCAGAUCCUGGGCUGCAUCGAUGGCACGCACGUCCCGGUUUUACCUCCGAGCGACAGCUUCAAGGACUUUACCAACCGCAAAGGAUGGCCUUCGUAUGUGCUUCAAGCCGUGGUGGACGAUACGUAUCGGUUUUGGAACAUCAACUGCAAGAUGCCAGGAGGCGCACAUGACGCAAAGGUCCUCAAACAAUCAGCGUUAUUUGCACUGGCACAUCAGUUACCAAAGGAACCUCGAGAGAUCAGCAAAACUCCCGUCAACCUUUUCCUCCUGGGUGAUCCUGCCUACCCUCUUUUGGACUGGCUCAUCAAGGGCUACAUCCGUUCCCCAAAUAUGACUCCGGAACAGGAGUCCUUUAACGCUUACCUAAGUUCUGCCAGGACAACCGUGGAGAUCGCCUUCGGCAGACUCAAAUCCCGCUGGAAAGUCUUGCUCCAAAGAAGCGACUUUCACUACACGUUCACGCCCCACGUGGUGGCCACCUGUUGCGCCUUGCACAAUUUUUGCGAAAGCGAAAACGAAACCAUCAACCCGGCUUGGAUAGACGAAGCGGCAGUUUUGGAACACGAGCUGCCCCAGCCUGGGAUGCCUUCGUACCACGCAGCCGACUGUGCAGACGGUCAGACUGUGCGUCUGGCUUUAACGGAGUACUUGAAAUCCAACUUUCCUCUGCGAAGGCACGAAUAACCGUGUCUCAGUUCACACUGGCGAGGAAUAAAGACAUGAAUGUUCCACAUGUCUGGAGAUUCUCAGUCAUCCAGGUCAUGGGAAUCAUACCAGUUCACCCAAAAGUUCUCUGCGAAGGCACGAAUGACCAUGUCUCAGUUCACACUCGCGAGGAAUAAAGACAUGUUGGAUAUGUCUGGAGAUCAUCCAGGUCAUUGGAACCAUACCAGUUCACCCAGAGGUUCUACCUUUUAGAUGUGUAGUUUCCCCAAUGAGCCCUGUGGAAGGUGUGGUCGCAAUAGGUUCUAUUCACCUGAGGUCACGUUCGGCUCAUUAAAUAUGCGAGGCUUGAAGUGGUGGGCCAGCGAGAGAUCUGGGAAAAAUGCGCUAGGCUGGCACUGCCUAUGAAUGUUCUCAUUCUACCAGGUCAUUGUAACCUCAGGGCAUUCAGUCGGUAGAAACUGGACUGUUUGGUUUCAUUGGUCUAUGAGCAUGAACUGAUGGAGCCUACUGAGGUAUUGGCACCAGCCGCUAGACUAGACCUGACCAAACUAAGUCUAAGACUAUAUCUGACCAAUCUAAGUCUAUGAGCAUAAACUGAUGGAGCCUACUGAGGUAUUGGCACCAGCCACUGGACUAGACCUGACCAAUCUAAGUCUAAAACUAGAUCUGAUUAUUCUAAGUCUAUGAGCAUAAACUGAUGAAGCCUACUGAGGUAUUGGCACCAGCCGCAAGACGACCUGACCAAUCUAAGUCUAAGACUAUAUCUGACCAAUCUAAGUCUAUGAGCAUGAGCUGAUGAACCCUACUGAGGUAUUGGCACCAGCCGCUAGACUAGAUCUGACCAAUCUAAGUCUCAGACUAGAUCUGACCAAUCUAAGUCUCAGAGUAGACCUGACCAAUCUAAGUCUAUGAGCAUGAGCUGAUGAACCCUACUGAGGUAUUGGCACCAGCCGCUAGACUAGAUCUGACCAAUCUAAGUCUAUGAGCAUGAGCUGAUUAACCCUACUGAGGUAUUGGCACCAGCCGCUAGACUAGAUCUGACCAAUCUAAGUCUCAGACUAGAUCUGACCAAUCUAAGUCUAUGAGCAUGAGCUGAUGAACCCUACUGAGGUAUUGGCACCAGCCGCUAGACUAGAUCUGACCAAUCUAAGUCUAAGACUAUAUCUAACCAAUCUAAGUCUCAGAGUAGACCUGACCAAUCUAAGUCUAAGACUAGAUCUGACCAAUCUAAGUCUAUGAGCAUGAGCUGAUGAACCCUACUGAGGUAUUGGCACCAGCCGCUAGACUAGAUCUGACCAAUGUAAGUCUAUGAGCAUGAGCUGAUUAACCCUACUGAGGUAUUGGCACCAGCCGCUAGACUAGAUCUGACCAAUUUAAGUCUCAGACUAGAUCUGACCAAUCUAAGUCUAUGAGCAUGAGCUGAUGAACCCUACUGAGGUAUUGGCACCAGCCGCUAGACUAGAUCUGACCAAUCUAAGUCUAAGACUAUAUCUGACCAAUCUAAGUCUCAGAGUAGACCUGACCAAUCUAAGUCUAAGACUAGAUCUGACCAAUCUAAGUCUAUGAGCAUGAGCUGAUGAACCCUACUGAGGUAUUGGCACCAGCCGCUAGACUAGAUCUGACCAAUCUAAGUUUAUGAGCAUGAGCUGAUGAACCCUACUGAGGUAUUGGCACCAGCCGCUAGACUAGAUCUGACCAAUCUAAGUCUCAGACUAGACCUGACCAAUCUAAGUCUCAGACUAGAUCUGACCAAUCUAAGUCUCAGAGUAGACCUGACCAAUCUAAGUCUAAGACUAGAUCUGACCAAUCUAAGUCUCAGACUAGACCUGACCGAUCUAAGUCUAAGACUAGAUCUAAGUCUAAGACUAGAUGUGACCAAUCUAAGUCUAUGAUCAUAAACUGAUGAAGUCUAGUCAGAUGAAGGGUGAAACGUCUCCUAAGACCAACCAAACAGUCCAGUUGUGAUGGUUGAACGCCCUGAGACUAGACUCACGUUGUUCUAGGCUUUUGGAACCAUUGAAAACGCAAAAAGGAUCAAAGUUUUUUCAGAGUUCCUCGAAAGAUCAAUAAAAAUAUUCAACUAUAUUUGUUGAAUGCUUGCUUCA